UACAAAAUAACACUUGUAUCCACACUCUGCUUACACCUACUCUUGUUCCCUUCACAGCACUUGACACCCUCUGAGGUCCUAUUGAUAUUUUGAUUUCCUUCUGUUCAUUCUCCAUCACUGGAUUAUACUGGCUUUUGAUUUUCCCAGACUCAUUGCCUUGACAAUGCCUGGAAUAUGUUUGACGCUCACUACAACUUCUUGACAGCAAAAUACAAAUCAUACCAUUGCAACAAUGUGAGUGACACUGUUCAGGUGAAAAUUAAUGAUGUCUCCCAUCGUCUUUCCUCGUGGUCAGUGCAACCUCAUGGAACCAGGAAAUGAUACACGGACAUCAGAAUUUCUGCUUCUGGGAUUUUCAGACAGUUCAGAACAGCAACCCCUCAUAUUUGGGCUUUUCCUCUCCAUGUACCUGAUCACUGUGUUUGGGAACCUGCUCAUCAUCCUGGCCGUCAGCUAUGACUCCGGCCUCCACACGCCCAUGUACUUCUUCCUGGCCAACCUGUCCUUUGUAGACAUCUGCAUCACCUCCACCACCAUCCCGAAGAUGCUGUGGAACAUCCAGACCCAGAGCAAAGUCAUAACCUAUGAGGACUGCAUCACCCAGAUGAACUUUUUCAUAAUCUUUUCAGGAUUGGACAUCUGCCUCCUGGCCAUUAUGGCCUAUGACAGGUUUGUGGCCAUCUGUCACCCCCUGCAAUACACGGUCAUCAUGAGCCCCCGGCUCUGUGCACUGCUGGUCCUGGUGUCCUGGAUCACGAGUGUCCUGCAUUCCUUGUUGCAAACUUCAAUGGUGUUGCGGCUGUCCUUCUGUACAGUCGUGGAAAUCCCCCAUUUUUCCUGUGAACUCAAUCAGAUGACCCAAGUUGCCUGUUCUGACACCUUUCUUAAUAACUUGGUGAUGUAUUUUGCAGCUAUCCUAGUGGGUGGCGGUCCUUUCGUUGGGAUCCUUUACUCUUACUCCAAGAUAGUUUCCUCCAUACGUGGGAUCUCCUCAGCUCAGGGCAAGUAUAAAGCAUUUUCUACCUGUGCAUCUCACCUCUCGGUUGUCUCCUUAUUUUAUUGUACGGGCCUCGGAGUGUACCUUAGCUCUGCUGCUACCCAGAGCUCCCACUCAAGUGCCACAGCCUCGGUGAUGUACACGGUGGUCACGCCCAUGCUGAACCCCUUCAUCUACAGCCUGAGGAACAAAGACAUAAAGAAGGCUCUGAGGAGAUUCUCUGCGAUGGCAGUUAGAAAAGGUCCAAUUGUCCUGUGGUUGAAGAAUUUCCCAGGAUUGCAAGCAUCAAAGUCUUAGCGUCAGAAAUUGCGUUUUGUUUUUUUAAGCAGAUUGUAGACAUAGAGUUUGUGUCUCUCAUUUAUUUCCCAGAAUUUUUAUUUUUUCAACCACUCAGUACAAUUUAGUUCCUCAUUUUAUUAAGUUUUUCCCUCUCUGUGUUCCAACCUUUUUCCCUUCAUCUUUUUUGUUUAUUUCUAAAUUGAUUCGCAAGCUGUGAUAUGAGAAAAUUAGGAGUUCUCAUUUGUCUCAUGGAACUGCCUGGAUUUCUUAAGAAUAAUUUCUUC